GAAUUUCAUUCGUUCAGCUGUCAAAAUAAUUUUUCAUAUUGGUGCUCCUGUCUGAAGAAAACAAUAAUGGCGUAUUCGGUGAACGUUUCCGUGGAAGCACCGAUCGAGAAUCAGAUUCAAGAAAUUACUUAUGAUGGCCAAGAAAUUUAUCAAGCACCUCUUACACUCUCUGAAAACUUGGCAAAAAUCGCGCAAAAAAUUGACUUCAGCAAAGCCAAUGGAGAAGACAUUAAGAAAGAAUCUGAAGGUGGAGAAAAGGGCGAAGAAGACACAAAAGACUCAGCUUCUUACCAGUUGUCCUUAUGGCCAUGGGAUAGCGUUAGAAAUAAAUUGAGGAAUGCAUUAACAGAAGUAUGCGUAUUGGCAGAUGUUCUUGCAAUUGCAAAAGAAAAACAUUAUAUGGUUCUUGAUCCUGUUCCCCAAGAUCCAGUAGAAGUAAAGUCUAUGAUACCAGUUUAUGCCAGAAAGAAAGCAUUAGCUGGAGCAGCCUCUGUUAUUAUGAUGGGUGCUGAUAGAUUGAAGAAUUGUCAGAAUGAGUUAGCUAGAAAUAGAACAACUCCAGAUUUUCAUAUUGAAUUACUGAGAUUGAGGCAAAACUGGCGUUUGAAGAAAGUUUCUAAUUCGAUCAUUGGUGACCUUAGUUAUAGAACAGCUGGUUCCAAAUUUCCUCAAACUGGUAUGUUUGAAGUUACAAAAGCAGAAGAAGAAGAAAAGAGUAGUAAUAGUCCACCAGCUUCUCCUAGCACUGGUAAUAAUAUAUCGGGUCAGACUCAUCCUCCAAAUUCUAAGGCUUCUGCACUGAGAGUUACCAUACCUAGCGAAUUGCAAGGUGUUGCUUAUAUCAAAGUAUUAUGUCAGAAAGAUCAAGAAGAUCUAUGCAGUGCAAAUAUUAGUUUACUUAAUAAUAGUGCACAUAGUUCAAAUGCAGACAUGCAUUGGCAACAGAAAUUAGAGGCUGCGCAAAACGUUUUAUUUUGUAAAGAACUAUUUAGUCAACUAGCAAGAGAAGCGGUGCAUUUACGGGCGCCUAUACCUCACAUGGUUGUUGGUAAUCAAAUAAUGGCAACGGUACUUCCUGGAAUUCAGUUAAUUAUAGGACUUUGUCAUAGUACAGGAAACGAGAAAAAACCUGCUGUUCCACCUCCUCAUAAGAUUGAUCACGAUCAUGUAUUGGAACAUUCACUACAUCAAUUACUACGUGAAGUACAUCACAAAAACACUCACCAUCCAUUUCCACAUCCUUCCUCAGGUCCUCUUGGCCCUAGUAAACGAAGAUGCUUAGCUGGUCCAACUGCCGCCGAUAGACACGAACUCUUAGAAAUGACAAAAAGUCAAACUCUUUUAGAACAAAUUAUCCAACAAGCUCAACAUUUCUUUAUGCGGCGACGUACCGAAUACGUUUUAGACACAAUAGCGAAAGAAGUUAAAGAUCCUUUAAUCGUUUCUCAUUGGAAUGCAUUGAAUUCUCCUACACAGUCUUGCGUGAAAAUUAACAUUUUAACCCAUGGAUACGAUACCGUAUGUCGGACGUCACUUGUUGUUCAUGUGGGAGAAAGGUCUUUAAAGUGUGUUUGUCGUGACGGUAGAGUAAUGCAUAUGAGUUACGAACCUCAGGAAUUACGAGACUUAAUAUUUUGUCAGAUUUAUCAGCACCAAAUAACAGCAGUACAAUCGUUAGCAAAGUGUAUGGGGUGGCAGUUUUUAGCCAACAGUUCGCAUCUUGGUUUGGGUGCAGUUGAACCUCUAGGAAAUGCUAGCAGUUGUAUUUUGGCUUCACCAAUAGGCGACAGGAUGAUAGCCGUUAGAUGCGAACCACAAACAGGAGUACAAGUAGCAAUAGCUCAUUCCCCUAGGAAAGACUUUUUCCCAGGACAGUUAGUAAGAGAAAGAAAAUGGGAAAACUUAGGUGGCUCUUUUAAGGAAGUUCGAUGGGAUAAAAUGGAAGGAAAGAACUUUUUAAAUAAAAUGGAGUUACUCAUGGCUUCAUUAACAAGCUCCUAAAUUUGAUCAAUGACUGAUUAGGAAUGUAAUUGUCCCACAGGGUGAAAACAUAUUUUUAGAUUUUAUUUUGCAUCUGAAUACACACAUUAGUUGUAUAAAUACUACGUGAAUUUAUCCAAGCUGUGUUUCAUAUCUGUGAUUAAUAUUGUUUUUCAAUUUUAUAUUUGAAUGUCUUAACAUGCUUGAACAUUCUUUUCCUGAAAUAAAAUAGCACUUAAAAUAUUCUUACAUUUAUUUCAAUUUUAGUAACAACAAUUUAUUUCAUCCUGUGGUAUUUGUUAUUUGGAAUAAGGAUUACAAUUAAAUAUAUCUUUGGUUGUAUAAAAAUGGUUUUUAUUUGAGUGACAUAUGAAAUGUAAUAUGAAUUGAGUAAUAAAUCAUCAUGAAAUGGUAAGUGAAACACAAUGCCAAAUAUACAGAUGUGUAUAUUGAACACCUAAAUUACAAAUGUUAAUGGAUUUUAUAUGUAUAUACAAAGACUACUGAACAAUUCCUUAUGUAUUAUCAUUUGUAUAACCUUUUUGAAUAAUUUGGUUUUAGAUAUAAGUCUUGAAUUAAUGCACAAAUUUACUCUUUGUCCAAUAGAACAUGUACAUGUAUACAUGCAUACACACAUUCUUAAAUAUGUACAUUCAUACUCAGUUUCUUUUUGUUUCUCU